AUGGCGAGCUCCUAUUCCGUCAACGAGUGGCAUCACACCGACACGUUUGCUGCGAACGACGCCACCGACUUGUUGCCUCUGCAGCGGACCUUUGAGGACAUGAAUGAACGUCGGAAGAAGCGACACCGCGUCUCCAUGGUGGCCUUCCGUCGGAAGCAGAAGAACGAAAGCAACGCAAUGGCGGCCGAGCAUCGUCGACUGGUGCACGAGAUGAAGACACUGGCGAAGAACGUGAGGGCUGCGGCAGCACGCAGCAGUCGCGACGGCGAGGAGACGGCAAGCGUCGAUAGUGCAGCCACUGCAGUGCACGAGUUGUUCCAGAAGGUCGUGCUGAAAGAGGCUGAUCUCGCCGCUGACAAGGGCGUGAAUGACGUGCUGGUAUACGACCUCAAGCCCGGCUGGCGUGUUCGUUUUGAGCGUGGGGAGCCGUCGUUCCACUUUCAUCCGUUCACCAAGGACGAGUAUGACGCUGCGCUGGAGGGUUUUGAGAAGAAACUUGCGAGUGGCAUGUCCUCUGUCUCGAUGGUCGGUACGUUUCUCGGCUGGAAGGUGUACCGCGCGCCGUUGACUACGUCAGUCGACAAUUCCGUUGUGGCUCAAGUCCGCCUCGCCAAGCGCGUGCAUUGCCCUCUGGACGUCUUUCUCACGAUCUCCCACCGGAAGGAUAAGGACUUGAGUCCCAUUCUUCUCACGCCGGUCGGUUGGAGUAUCCACCAACGCCACGAGGUCGGUACGCAAGUUCUACAAGAGUUUGGUGCCGAAUCCUGCGUAUUCGUGCACAACAUUCCUGGACCAGACAAGCAUCUCCGUUACUUGCUGGUCAGCCGGCGAGCUCAGUAUUUGCUGCCUGAUGGAAGACGCAGAAUGACCGCGACGAUGACGGGCGGCUUGCGCGUCUCGCUCACAGAAGUGGACGAAACCUCGAUCGACGUCGUGUGCGACCGCUGGGCUGGCUGUCAAAACGCAAUGCACGCCGACUAUGAGAUGAUCCAGUGGGCCCAGUUUGCGAACUGGUGGGAGCAAACCGUUGCACCUGCGAGUCUUCUUCUGUAG